CGCCCCACGCUCGGUAUGUGGAACGUGGGCGCUGCCGCUGUGCCUGGGUGUGAGGUGUGUGUGGCUUGAGCGCGGCGGCCAAUCGCUUUGUCCACCGGGAUCGGGCACUGCUCUGAGGUGCGCUUCCUAAUCGCACCAUCGGGCCCACCAUGAGGCGCCUGGGCUCGGUGCAGCGGAAAAUGCCGUGUGUGUUUGUGACGGAGGUGAAAGAGGAGCCUUCCACCAAAAGGGAGCAUCAGCCAUUUAAAGUUUUGGCAACUGAAACUGUAAGUCACAAGGCAUUAGAUGCAGAUAUACACAGUGCAAUUCCAACAGAAAAAGUGGAUGGAACAUGUUGUUAUGUUACUACCUACAAAGGUAGGCCAUAUCUUUGGGCUCGGCUAGAUAGAAAACCUAACAAACUAGCUGAGAAAAGAUUUAAAAAUUUUCUACAUUCAAAACAAAACUCCAAAGAAUUUUUUUGGAAUGUUGAGGAGGAUUUCAAACCUGUUCCAGAGUGCUGGAUACCAGCGAAGGAAAUAGAACAAUUAAAUGGAAAUCCGAUGCCUGAUGAAAAUGGACACAUUCCUGGUUGGGUACCAGUGGAGAAAAACAACAAACAGUAUUGCUGGCAUUCCUCUGUAGUUAAUUAUGAAUUUGAACUUGCCCUGGUGCUGAAGCAUCAUUCUGAUGAUCCUGGUCUUUUGGAAAUUAGUGCAGUGCCACUAUCGGAUCUCUUAGAACAGACACUGGAGCUUAUAGGAACAAAUAUUAAUGGAAACCCAUAUGGGUUAGGAAGCAAGAAGCAUCCAUUACAUCUUCUUAUACCACAUGGAGCAUUUCAAAUAAGAAAUCUACCUACCUUGAAGCACAGUGAUCUGUUGUCCUGGUUUGAAGGCUGCAGAGAGGGUAAAAUCGAAGGAAUAGUAUGGCACUGCAAUGAUGGCUGUUUAGUCAAGGUCCAUCGCCAUCAUCUUGGUUUAUGCUGGCCAAUUCCAGAUACUUACAUGAAUUCAAAACCAGUGAUUAUCAACAUGAACCUGUACAAAUAUGACUAUGCUUUUGAUACUAAGUGUCUGUUUAAUCAUUUUUCAAAAAUAGAUAAUCAGAAAUUUGGUAGGCUCAAAGAUAUAAUACUUGAUGUAUAAACUGGAAAUGCAAUUAAAAACCAGCUUUAUUAUUAUA